GUUUUCAUAGCCUCCCGUCAGCGCGGGCCCCAGAGUCUGCAGUCGCCUGCUGGACACCGCCCGCCCAGCUCACGGACACCAAACCAGGUGCUGCGCCCACCGCCAUGCCGGAAGUCGAGAGAAAAUCCAAGAUCACUGCCUCCCGCAAACUCCUGCUGAAGAGCCUGAUGCUGGCCAAAGCCAAGGAGUGCUGGGAGCAGGAGCAGGAAGAGCGCGAGGCCGAGAAAGCCCGCUACCUGGCUGAGCGCAUCCCCACGCUGCAGACACGGGGCCUGUCCCUCAGCGCCCUGCAGGACCUGUGCCGGGACCUGCACGCCAAGGUGGAGAUGGUGGACGAGGAGAGAUACGACAUUGAGGCCAAAUGUGUACACAACACCAGGGAGAUUAAGGACCUGAAACUGAAGGUGCUGGACCUCCGUGGGAAGUUCAAGCGCCCGGCGCUGCGUCGCGUGCGUGUGUCCGCCGAUGCCAUGCUGCGCGCGCUGCUGGGCUCCAAGCACAAGGUGUCCAUGGACCUGAGAGCCAACCUGAAGUCUGUGAAGAAGGAGGACACGGAGAAGGAGCGGCCCGUGGAGGUCGGCGACUGGAGGAAGAACGUGGAGGCCAUGUCUGGGAUGGAAGGCCGGAAGAAGAUGUUUGAUGCCGCCAAGUCUCCCACCUCCCAGUAAAGGCCACUUGCAGCACUGUCCCUGGACCCCCUGCAUGCUCCUUCCUCUGCAUCUCUCUGCACCCCCCAACCCAUCCUGCCCUACCUCUCCUUCCAGCCUGAGUGCCCUCCUCCAGAAUCAACAGACACAAGAGAGACAUGGUUCUGAAGACCUCCCCCCAGCAAGGUGGGCACCCCCCACACAUACUGGUGCUGUGCCACGGAUGUAGCACCUACCCCCAGCCCCCUGCCACAUCCUUCCUUGGCGGCUAUGACAUAUAGAGUGUCACAGGCAUCGUGGCCCGUCCAUUAAAACCCCAGUGUCUGGUCA